AAUUCCAAUGGAUGUGAUAAAGCGUAGUGUGGUUUACCACGACGUGAUCCAUGCAAUAUAUAACAUAUCAAAAUCACAACAAUCCUUUUUAUGGUUUCAAAGAAACCCUUUACUAGGAUAUAAUCUCUUUUACACUUCCUAAAGAAGUCUUUUAAAUCUUAUUCUAGUUUCAUGAAAACUCAGGAGAUUUAGCCUUCUUGAAUGGUGCCCUUCGUGGUAUUAGUAAUAAUAAAUUUUAUUAUCACAUUCUCAGGUCAAAAGGAGCUUUUAGGCAAGAAAAUGCAAGGCAAUGACGCACCUGCUCUUAGAACAAACAUACUUUACAUUGCACCAGGUCGCGCCCCUAACUUCAGAAGAGAAUUGGAAUUUCUCGACUUAUUGUCAAGGCCGUUCGCAUAUGUCAACCAUUUUCAAAUCUUUGCCAAUGACCAAGACCUCUUCAUGGCAGUGAUAGGGCCAGGUAACUCAGUUCUAUCUUGGGUGGUCCAUUCCAACUUUCAACCGGUUCAUUCAUCUGUACAUGUUCCCCAAAUGGAUGUGGUUGAGCUGCGCAGAAGAGUAGAAAAUAUCAGAAGAGAUGAGCAACUACUCAUUUUGGUUCACGUGGGCCAGAACAUCCCAGAUAUGCAGGAGCAUGUUGCUAUGGACUGGGCAACGAAAAUACUCACAAUUUAUAAACAUGGACAUUUGGGACAGCAGAUGAACCUAAAUCCAAACCUCCCACCUCCUGGGCAACAGAUCAGCAUCAAUAAUGCUGUUCUAAGGCAUCAACUUGAACAAAUUUUUGGACCUUUCUACAAUCACUCAAUUGACUUCCUGAGGAAUGCACUACACCCAGUGACACUCACAGCAAGACAAGAUGGUUCACUUGAGAUCAACUCCCCUACAAUGAAUGAAGCACGUAACUUUGAUCAUAACUCUUUUGCACACCAUGGAAAUCCAUUGGAGCAAGAAGUAAACAUUACAUACAGGCUACAAAGCCUCAGGUGCCUAGCUGAUUAUGGUGCUCGUAUAAUGCAACCAUACACCAUCCUGAUGCUAACACCUCCUUUUGCAUUAGUGGUGGAUCAUGCCUUUGUAUUCCCGAAUGAACCGGCAUUCACCACCGAUCAAAUCAUCCCGUGAUGUCACCAAUACAGUGCACAGUGCAAACAGUUUUGGGUUAUGAACUACAUCAUCUAUCAUUACUGAUUUCAGCAUAUUUCAAAACAUUAUUUUUGGCAUGUACUGUAUCGCACAUAUACACCUCAUGUUUCAUAAACCCUACUACAUGGAAUUAGAAAUAGAAUUGUAAAAUAAAUUGUAUUGGAGGAC